CUUGCGCUAUACGAACAUCCCUUUCCGGGGGUUCUGUUGAAAUUAUUACUAUUAUAAUUUAAAAAACCCUCUCGUCUAGUCUAGGGUUCCAGUGGGUUUCGAAUAUCCACUUUGUAGAUAUUCGUUGGAUUCAUUUGAUUUUUUAUACUGAGAUUUGGGGUUCAAUGGCGGAGGAUCAAUCGGCGGUGAGCAACGGGGCUGGGGCUGGGGCUGGGGCUGAGGCGGCGCCGCUGGGGAACUCGGUAAUACCGAUUGUGAACAAGUUGCAAGACAUAUUCGCGCAGCUUGGAAGUCAGUCGACGAUCGAGUUGCCGCAGGUGGCGGUGGUGGGAAGCCAGAGCAGCGGCAAAUCGAGUGUUUUGGAGGCUCUCGUAGGGCGUGAUUUCCUGCCACGUGGCUCUGAUAUUUGUACGCGUCGCCCGCUCGUGCUGCAGCUCGUUCAGAGGAAGAAGGGGGAUGGGUCGGAUGAGGAGUGGGGGGAGUUUUUGCAUUUGCCUGGGAAGAGGUUCUUCGAUUUCCACGAUAUUCGGAGAGAGAUUCAGGCUGAAACUGAGAGAGAAGCUGGUGGAAACAAGGGUGUUUCUGACAAACAGAUUCGUCUAAAGAUUUAUUCCCCAAAUGUCCUUGAUAUUACUCUCGUGGAUCUUCCUGGCUUGACAAAAGUUCCUGUUGGUGAUCAGCCUUCUGACAUUGAAGCACGUAUCAGAACAAUGAUAAUGUCAUACAUUAAACUUCCGAGUUGCUUGAUACUGGCUGUGACACCAGCAAAUUCUGAUCUUGCAAAUUCUGAUGCACUGCAAAUGGCUGGAAUUGCUGACCCUGAUGGUAAUAGAACAAUUGGUGUAAUUACUAAGUUGGACAUUAUGGACAGGGGUACUGAUGCCCGCAAUUUCUUGCUUGGAAAAGUUAUUCCUCUUCGACUUGGUUAUAUAGGUGUUGUGAAUCGUAGUCAAGAGGAUAUUCAAACGAAUCGAAGCAUUAAGGAUGCCCUUGCAGCAGAGGAGAAGUUUUUUCGCAGCCGUCCAGUAUACAGUGACAUUGCUGAUCGAUGUGGAGUCCCUCAAUUGGCUAAGAAGUUGAAUCAGAUACUGGUACAACAUAUUAGAACAGUUCUUCCAGGAUUGAAGGCACGCAUUAGUGCUGCACUUGUUUCUGUUGCAAAAGAGCAUGCUAGCUACGGAGAGGUUACUGAAUCAAAGGCUGGCCAGGGAGCUCUACUACUUAACAUUCUCUCGAAAUAUUCUGAUGCAUUCUCUUCCCUGAUAGAUGGAAAAAAUGAAGAAAUGUCAACAUCUGAGCUGUCUGGCGGAGCAAGAAUCCAUUAUAUUUUCCAAAAUAUAUUUGUGAAGAGCUUGGAGAGUGUAGAUCCUUGUGAAGACUUAACUGAUGAGGACAUUCGCACUGCCAUCCAAAAUGCCACUGGUCCUAAGUCUGCAUUGUUUGUGCCAGAAGUCCCAUUUGAAGUUCUUGUUAGAAGGCAGAUAGCUCGUUUACUCGAUCCAAGUCUUCAAUGUGCUAGAUUUAUAUAUGAUGAGCUAAUAAAGAUGAGUCAUCGCUGUAUGGUUAGCGAUUUGCAACGAUUUCCUGUUCUGAGAAAGAGAAUUGAUGAGGUCAUUGGAAACUUUUUGCGAGAUGGUCUUGGGCCCUCAGAGACAAUGAUUGGUCAUAUUAUUGAAAUGGAGAUGGACUACAUAAAUACUUCCCAUCCAAAUUUUAUUGGUGGGAGUAAAGCUGUAGAGCUAGCAUUGCAGCAGACCAAGUCAUCUCGGAUUUCUACGCCUAUUCCAAGGAAGGAAUCAGGAGAUUCAGAUAAAGCACCAAAUUCAGAGAGAAGCCUAAAGUCUCGUGCUAUUCUUGGCCGCCAGGCAAAUGGAAUUGUUUCAGAUCAUGCUGUUCGACCUGCUCCUGAUGCCGAGAAAAGUGGACCUUCUGUUAGCAAUACUGGGUCAAGUUGGGGAAUAUCUUCAAUAUUUGGUGGCCAUGAUGGUCGCACUUCUGUAAAAGAGAACUCAACCAAUAACAAGCCAUUUAGCGAACCCAUUCAGAGCAUGGAGCCCAACUUCUCAAUGAUUUAUUUGAGAGAGCCUCCUAGUGUAUUGAAGUCCUCUGAAACCAACUCAGACCAGGAGUCUGUUGAGAUUGCUGUUACAAGGCUGUUAUUAAGGUCAUAUUAUGAUAUUGUCCGGAAGAACGUUGAAGAUUCUGUGCCCAAAGCGAUUAUGCAUUUUCUGGUCAACCACACAAAACGAGAGCUCCAUAAUGUUUUCAUCAGAAAACUUUACAGGGACAACUUGUUUGAAGAAAUGCUGCAGGAACCAGAUGAGGUAGCCAAAAUGAGAAAGCGCACCAGAGAGAGCCUUCGAGUCCUGCAACAAGCAUUUCGAACCUUGGAUGAACUUCCACUCGAAGCCGAAACAGUUGAGAGAGGCUACAACUUAAGUACUGAUCAGACAGGCCUCCCAAAGAUCCACGGCCUCCCAACCUCAUCGAUGUACAACACAAGCAGCAGUUCAACCGAAUCAUAUGCAUCUUCUCCCAAACAUGCAAAGUCCCGUAAGUCUUCACAUUCAGGGGAGCUGCAGUCAACAUAUAAUGUAGAUUCUAAUGGAAGUGGGCGUAAUUAUCUGCCAGGUCUUUACCCGACCGUGGACUUUUAAACUUGACAAAUAAUUUUGUCAAGGACUGGAAGGACUCCCAGUUUGAUAUUCUGGAAUGCUAUGUGGAUCAUUGCGCUGAGGAGUCGACAUUCUUUUGGUCACAAGUCGAAAACUAGUAUUGUUUUCCCUUUCUCUUUCCCUUUCCCUUUCCCCAUAUCCUCCGUAAUAAUACAUAUGUUUUUGCUUCCAAAUGCUCCAAUAAAAGAGGAGUUAGAGCAUGCUUACAUCUGUUUGAUCCAAUCGAUUGAGCUCUGUAUGAACAGGCUCAAGCUUGGUAAGUUAGUUUUGAAAAGUUGAGCAUGAUAAAGUAAGUGUUUAAACUAUGCUUUUGUAGAUAGUUCGUGUGCAUUGCUGCUGCAUACAGACUUUGUGUUUCUUUCUUCUUCAAAUUCUAUGAAAGCUUUUCAUUUCA